GGCUGAUUCUUGGUAAAGGGUUGGUCUUCUUGAACCUCACAAGAUAGGGGAACCACAUCCUGGUCUCACCUAUCCACCCACCCUAGCAUGACCGGCCAUCUAAGCCCCCCCUCCCCCUCAAGCACUUAGGCAACAGGCGCACACGCUGCCCCCACCUCCUAGUGACCCAGAUAUCCCCGUCAGCAGCAUCCUCUUUCCUCAGGGAGGCAUGCGUCUGAUGCCCCAGGCCCUGGGGUGUUGAGGUCCUUUGUAAGUGAUGUGUCAGUCCUGUGUGUCACAGGAAGCUCCCCACCCCCAUCCAGUGACCAAAGUCCUGGUCAGAGCUAGUGGGUCCUUUUCCUCCACCCAGACCUCACUGCUCAUGUCCCCCUCGUCAACAGGAACACCCUUCGACAUGGCCCGGAUGCUGUUCCUCAUCUUCAUCACGGUCCAUCCAGGAUCCUGUGCUCUCUGGGUGUCCCAGCCCCCUGAGAUCCGUACCCAGGAGGGCACCCCUGCCUUCCUGCCCUGUUCCUUCAAUGCCAGCCAAGGGAAAUUGGCCAUUGGUUCUGUCACGUGGUACCAGGACAAAGUGGCCCCAGGGAAGGAGGUGAGGAAUGAGACCGCAGAGUUCAGGGGCCGCCUGGCCCCUCUUCCGUCUUCCCGUUUCCUCUGUGACCACCAGGCUGAGCUGCACAUCUGGGACACCCGAGCCCGUGACGCCGGAGUCUACGUGUGCAGGGUGGAGGUGCUGGGCCUGGGUGUCGGAACAGGGAACGGGACUCUGCUGGUGGUGGAGAAAGGACCUCCUCAGCUAGCUGCCGGCACAGUCUUCCUCCUUCGGGCUGGGUUCUAUGCCUUCAGCUUUCUCUCAGUGGCCAUGGGCAGCACCAUCUAUUACCAGGGCAAACGCCACUGUCACAUGGGAACACACUGCCACUCCUUGGAUGGCCUCUGAUGAGUGAUUUCAGACCCCAGUGACCCCAAGUUCUUCAAGAUACCCCCCAAUAAAUCCCUCUCUGCCCCA